AAAUGGAUCGGCAGCAGGGAAGCGACCAUUUCAGUAUUCCGGUCAUGAUCCGGAAGCGAGAGAAGAAGAAGCCGGUGGUGUCGGUGCCGAUGUCGAUCAUAUAUUUCCGGUCUACUCAGCUAGGUCACAACAAGACAUGAAUGCUGUGGUUCAAGCCCUAACUCAAGUUAUUGGAAACAUAACAAUAAUCCACUCGUUCAACCUCAUGAUGAUCAGGAUCCCAACCCAACUGCUCAACAAGACCAACCUCAUCAUCAACAAGCUAAAGCUAAAGCUCAAGCUCAAGGGAAUGCCCGGAGAAUACACUAUAGAGGAGUACGGCAAAGGCCAUGGGGGAAAUGGGCCGCAGAGAUUCGUGACCCGAAAAGGCGGCUCGGGUUUGGCUGGGAACGUUCGAAACAGCUGAAGCAGCGGCCUUGGCCUACGAUGAAGCUGCACUUAGGUUUAAAGGAAGCAAAGCGAAGCUUAACUUCCCGGAAAGAGUUCAAGGAAGAUCCGAAUCCGGUUAUUUCUCAAGUCGUCAAGAAAUUGCACGGACGGUGGUGGCACCACCACCACCUCAACCACCGCUUUCUCAACCAACGUAUCCCAAUAUUUCCCAGUAUGCGCAGCUCCUCGGUGGUGGCUCAACCACUCCUUUCAACUAUGCUAUGCCAAGUGCUGCCUAUGGAUCCUGCCGCCAGCUUUACUUCUCAGUCUUCAUCUUCAUCUCCCGCAACGUUAGCAUUUCAACAACAUCAUCAACAACAACAAGAACAAGAGAAUUUGGGUGGAUUUUCAUUGCAGUUCGGUAGUUCGUCGCCAGCUUCAGAUCAUCCAGGGAACAGGAGGGAUUAUGAUUAUUACUAUUCAAGGGAAUAGAGUAUUGUUUUUAAAUGAUCUUUUGUUUUUGUUUUUGAACUUUUGCAUGCAUUUCGUUUCCCUAUAAUGCUUGUUUAAAACCCUUAUUUUCCUUCAAGUUUUUGCCAA